AUGUCAGCAGCCAAACUGGAGAAGAACAUCGCGAACCUGGAGCGGCGACUGCGCCAGGAGUUUAGCUCAGAGCUGGAUGCGAAGCUCCAGUUGUGCCUGUCCAGAUUGGCCGCUCUGGAACAUCGACUCGAAGUCCAGCUGGCUCAGGGCGGAGGAAAAAGUGGCACUGCAGCGAUUGCGGGGCCCCCGCCCCCCUUCCGGGUAAAUCUGGAGGACUGGCCUUCAAAGCCCCCUUCGCUCGGACAUGGCCCGCCGCAAAGGGCGAAAGGAGACACGGAGGGUCCAGAUCCCUCUGCCCCGCUGGAAGAGACGAUGGACCCGGUUCCUUUCCUUGAGACCACCUGGAACCUGGUGCUGGUCGCAGGUCAUGCGAGUGUCGGUUGGAUUGACUUGGUGAUUGCCUGGUUGCUUCUGAUUGCCAGCGCAGGGAUGCAGAUGGCCUUCUGUGUGAUCCUGCUUACGCCAUCCUUCCUGGGGGAUCCCUUCGAUGAAGCUCAAGUGAUUGUAGCAGAGGAGUGGAGGAACAGCGCAGCACAGGACUGGAAGUACAUGGACCUUGCCAAGACAAGCCUGACAGCCCGUGUUUGCAACAACGACGGGGGCUUGAUCCUCUCAAACACCCAGGCAGGCUUGGUGCAGGACAUCAACAACUUCCUCGGCCUUGGUGCCGACAAGUUUGAGACCGAGGGCUUCCGACCCGGCAUCCUGCUCUCGAUUCUCUGUAUCUUCCUGUGGUGCCUCUACGUCGGCAAUGAGCUCCGCAGCAUCGGGCUCUCCUUAGAGGCAGUGGUGCAAAUCCCUCGCGCCGAGAGGACGAGAUCUCAUCAGGGACGGUUUCUUCGAAUGUCCCACGUGCGAUUCUGGUCCUACUGCGGGCUUCGCCUGCUCAGGGCCCUCAUUGCUUUGGCCCUGCUCUACGCUGGCAUCCUCUGGCUCGCUGGCACCACCUCCAUCGAAGACCUGAUCCUGAACGCGGUGGCCUUGGGUGCCAUCCUCCAGGUUGACGAGAUGAUCUUUGCUGCCUUGAUGCCCAAGAAGCUGCAGCUGAAGAUCCAGGAUCUAGAGGCCAUCAAGGUUCAUUACAGCCGCCGCCGGAGUCAGGCAGAGUCGCUUCUCACUUUGCUUCUGAUGGCAGCGCUGCUUUGCUGGCCUUGGUUCAGCCUUUUGGAGCCGCUCAGCCGCACCAUGGAGGCAGUGAAGAAGGCCUACUGCGCAGGGAACCAAGACUUCGUGGUCGCCCUCAACGAAGACCUCCAGCUCACUGUCGGCUUCCCUACUGUGGCCUUUGCAGACGUCGGAGGAAAAACUUUAAGCCAGCGAGCUGUUGAGGAGUUUCAUGUGAAAGAUGGGGAGCCAGCGAAGUACAUUCUCAUGCAGCCAGACCUCCAACGCUUCCAGCAACAGCGGAUGCUGAGACUAAAGGAGGCUGCAGAGGACAUCAGCUCCUGGUGUGAAGACUUCGACCAGUUUUUCCUACCAGGCAACACACCUCCGGGCUUGGUGGGUUACUAUGCUCCGUACUGGCACUCGGCUUUGGCUGGUCAAGGUUUACCCGAAAACACCUCGUGUGAGGCCAUGGCCCAUCUCUGCGACGUGGCUUCUGGCUCACUGGUGCGCUUUGUAUGCGGAAAGACCUGCUGCUCAGGCGAGGUCGGUAAUAGCUGGUACAAAACCACAGCCUCAGGCUGUCCCCUGAGAUGUGUGGAAGAGUCUGACAAGAAUCCUGCACGUUCCUGUGUGGAUAUACAAACCAACGCAACUCCUGCCUGGGAUGCCUUCUGGGAUGCUUAUCCGAGCGCGAUUGAGAACGACACCGGCCAGUCUCUCUUCAGCAGCACUGUGGGCGAUCGUACUGUGGGCGCUCUAAUCGCAGAAAUGACGCAGGAAAUGAAGGCGCAGGGCUGUCCUGCCUUGAAGAACAGCCGCUGGAACCGCGAAGUUGUGAGAAAUGUGAGAUGGUGCGCUGGCUACGAGCCGCUCUUUGCACCCCUGGCCCGUCUCUGUCCGGAGAGCUGCGGAUGCGCCAAUCUGACCGAGUCCGGGGAUGCGCCUAGCGGCUGCCCAGGCUUUUGCAACCAGGUUUGUGAGGACGCGACCUUCCCCAGAUUCGGGGACGUCGCUACCUGCGCGGAUGGAGAGGCACUUGGCUGGUGCGCCGAUGCGGCCUUUGGAUCCCUUUGCUGGAAAACCUGCACCGGCUGUACCUGA